AUCUCGUCCUCCUCGAUCGACCGCACAGUGAUCGACUCACGCAACUUUUCUGUUCAGAUCAACGAGAUGCAGCGAGUCCACCCGGAGACCCUGGGGCCUGAGGUGCGCCACAUCUACAUGGUAUCGAACCGGGGACCUUCACCGUUAGAGAAUCUCUGGGUCAACUUGAGCCUUCCUGUUCACACUCAAGAGGGCGACUAUCUUAUCUACCUGCUGGACAGGAUCCGAUUCCCUGUUGCCGAUGGCGGUCCUCCGAUCUCGGUUUCCGUCACUCCCGAGGUAGCUUGCCCUUCUCUACCUCCUCUUUCCUCAUCUCAUUCAACAAAUUUGUAA